AUUUGUGAUAAAUGGAUCAUUUUGAAGAAGAUCUUGUCGAAGCCCUGAAGGAAAUUGUCAGGAGUGGUAACUGGCAAUGUGUGGGGUCCAAGUCGAAAUUCAAGUCACCAUGCACCAAGCUCUACUCAGACGACGGAGAAGACAUUGUUCUUGUUCAUACUGAAGAUGAUCGAUUUUGGGCUAUGGACUCAUCUUGUCCCCACGAAGGAGGCCCGCUCGAUCUCGGUGACAUUGAAGAUCUUGGUGAUGGGAGAUUGGCCUUGAUUUGUCCAUGGCAUCACUUUGAUUUCUGCCUUGACACGGGGGCCUCCUCCACCGGACUGCAGAACCAAGUCUACGAUGUCCGUGUGGUUGAUGACAUGGUUUACAUAAACACGCAGAGUAGUCUGUCUCUCAGUCCUAUUCCAUCUACAAACACAGCCCCUCAGGAAAACCUGUUACCAGUGGAAGUGGCAUCUAACCCCUCUGAAAAUACGCUUUGUUUCUGGGCAACAAAAGUCCUCUGCACGGCAGACCCAAAGGAGAAGGUUGCCCUGACAAAAGAGAUUCAGGAGUGGUGGAACAGUGGAAAAAUAACAGAAGUGGGAGAGGCCACUCCACCAGCCCAGCCCAGCAGGAAAGACAACCUGACCGUGCUUGAACCUGGCAAGAUCAAACGUGGAAAAGGAGGUACUCAGGCGAGCAGGAUAGCACUGCUUCAUUCUCUGGCCAACAUAGAGCAAUGGGCUAUUGACCUCUCCUGGGAUGUAAUUGCCAGGUUUUCUGAGUUCACACUGAACGGUGGAAAUUCAUUGCCUCGCCAGUUCUUUAGCGACUUUGUCAAAGUGGCAGGGGAUGAAGCUAAGCAUUAUCAAUUACUUGAGGAGAGGAUAACAGAACUUGGCAGCUAUUUUGGUGCCCUGCCAGUACAUAAUGCAUUGUGGCAGUCCGCAUCAGACACCUCCCAUGACCUCCUAGCAAGACUGGCCAUAGUUCAUAUGGUCCACGAGGCCAGGGGUUUAGAUGUGCAUCCACAGACUCUGUCCCGCUUUGCUACUCAGGGAGACCAGCGCUCUGUUGAAGUUCUGGAGGUGAUCUAUUCCGACGAGAUCACACACGUUGCCGCUGGACUCAGAUGGUUUACAUACAUCUGCUCAGAGGAAGGAAGGAAUUGCUUGACGACCUUCCAUGAGUUGGUGAAGUUGUAUUUCAAAGGGUAUUUAAAGCCUCCAUUUAACACAGAAGGGAGGAAGAUAGCAGGAAUGACUGAAGAGUGGUAUAUUCCUUUAGUGAAACCUUCAAGCUGACAGAAGAUUCUGGAUAACAACAUGGAUAACAACCAAAAUACUGCACCCCCAUGAAAUCGCAGGCUAAAUUCAGCUGAAAAACACCAUGUUGUAGUAAAUGUAACAUGUUUCAAUGACCACAUUCUCUGACUCUCAAACUGGAAAGUGUGGCACUGC